AUGGAUCAAACAUCCGACUCCAAUGUUGAGCUAAAGUCAACUAAGGAAGAGCCACAAAUCCACGUUCUCCCAAUAGAUGAUUCACAAGAUUCUGUCAGUGCGGCUGAGAGUUCCGGGAAAUACUAUGAAAGUAAUGCCGGUGAUGGAACAAAAGCUACAGAACACUUUAUAACAGGACCACGAUUAUAUUUCACUUUACUUUCAUGUGUAUUGGCCGUGUUCUUGACAGCACUUGAUGUGACAAUUGUGGUUACCAUUUUCAGUACUGUUGGAAAUAAGUUCAAUGGAUUUGAAAAAAUUGACUGGUUGACUUCGGCAUACAUGUUGGGAGUUAGUGUACUCUGUCCAACAUACGGAAAGUUAUCAAUUGUAUUGGGGAGAAAAUGGACUCUUGUAGGUGGAAUAAUUGCAUUUGAAGCCGGUUCGCUCAUUUCUGCCGUUGCUCAGAGCAUGAACAUGCUCAUUGGUGGAAGAGUCAUUCAAGGUGUUGGUGCUGGAUGUGUCCAAGCUCUCACACAGAUCAUCAUGACUGAAGCAGUUCCAAUUUCGAUAAGAAGUUAUUCUCUCAGUCUCAUGGCAUUAACAUAUUCCAUUGCAACUGUUUUGGGACCAUUUAUUGGUGGUGCAUUCACUUCAGAUGUGACUUGGAGAUGGUGCUUCUUCAUUAAUAUCCCCCUUGGAUGCGUGGCAUUAGUAAUGCUUUUGAUUACUUACAGGCCCCCACCACCAACUGGAAAAGUAUGGGAAAAGCUCAAGACCAUUGAUGUCAUUUGCUCCAUUCUCCUUAUCGCAGGAGUUGUAUUAAUCUUGCUCGGAGCCACAUUCGGUGGCAAUGAAUUUGCAUGGAAGUCUGCUGCUGUGAUAUGCUGCUUCUUAUUGGGAGGAAUCUGCCUAGUUGCAUUUGUGAUCUAUAACUUCUUUGUAUCCAAGAACCCUUUAUUUGCCAGUUACAUUUUCACAAUUCCCCAAAUCAUUUCAGUAUCCACUUCUGGCUUUUUCAAUUAUGCAUUCUUCUUGACUGACAUGACCUACCUUACUGUAUACUUCCAGGUGAUAUUGGGACACAGUGCAUUCCAAUCUGGGGUGGACUUAUUGCCAUUAAUCGUUUCGGCAUCUAUAUCAGCGGUUGCAAAUGGUAUUUUGAUCAAGAAGACAAGAUUUGUAAAGCCAAACCAUAUUUUUUCUGGAGUUAUGGGGGUAAUAGGAAGUGCCUUGCUUACAUUAAUUAAGAGAGAUACUAAGACAAGCACUCGAAUUGGAUAUUUGAUUGCCACUGGUAUUUCAACGGGAUUUCAGCUCCAAUCCGCUCUUAUGUCAUGCCAAAUCAAUGCGCCAAAAGAAAAGACUGGAUCUUUAAUUAUGGUUACUACCUGGGUGACUUUCACCAGGUUUUUGGGAGGGGCAGUUGGUGUUAUUUUUGCUACCGUUAUUUUUGAGACAAGCAGCAGAAACGCAGUUUCUAGAAUUGUUAGAAAUGCCCCAGAAGCAGUAAAACAACAGUUUGCCACUGAGCAAAUUCUGAAGGUUUUGAACUCUCCUAAAUUAAUCAAAUCGUUUCCUCAAGAAAUUCAAAACCAGAUAUUUGAUUCCUUGAUGGAUGGACUCCAAAAUACAUUUUAUUUCGGGGUGGCAUGUGCUUGUGUUGCAUUAGUUACCUCCAUAUUUGGAACCAACAGAAGAAUACCGAAGGAUGAAGAUGUGGUCAAGAGUGAAGAAGAUUUGAAACAUCACUGA